GUGAUCAAAAAGCGCCGCCGCUCAGUGGUCCGUGUCGCGUGGCUCCCGGCGGCGGUGGCGGCGGCCUCCUCCUCCUCCUCAUGGGCAAGAAGAAGGCGGCGGCGGCGGCGGGGCUGGGCCGAGCGCUCAUGCGGGAGCGCGGCCAGCUGCGGGGGGGUCGCCGUGCCGCACCUGGAUGGCUCCACACGAGCGAGUUGAACGACGGCUACGACUGGAGUCGCCUCAGCGCCCAGUCCGUCACCGAGCAGAGCUCCCUGGAGGAGUUCCUGGCCACCGCUCAGCUGGCCGGCACCGAGUUCGUGGCGGAGAAACUGAACAUCCGACUCGUCCCUGCUGAGGCUCAGACGGGCCUCUUGACAGCCGCAGAGGCUGCAGAGAUCCACCAGCUGCACGAACAGAACAAGCACUUCCUCCGCAUCCCACGCAGGCCUUAUUGGGACAAGCAAACCAGCCCUGACUUGUUGAACCAAGCAGAACGAGACAGCUUUCUGGAGUGGAGGAGGCAGCUCGCUUGUUUAGAGGAAGAAGAGAAGCUGAUUUUGACUCCGUUUGAACGGAAUCUGGAAUUCUGGCGGCAACUUUGGCGAGUCCUUGAAAGGAGUGAUGUGGUGGUGCAGAUUGUGGAUGCCAGGAACCCCCUCCUCUUCAGAUGCCCUGACUUGGAGUCCUACGUGAAAGAGCUCAGCCCAGAGAAAGAGAACCUUCUGCUCCUUAACAAGGCCGACUUCCUGAGUGAAGAGCAGCGGGACUGCUGGGCACGCUUCUUUGAGGGCGAGGGGGUGAAGGUGGUCUUCUGGUCAGCCCUGGCAGAGGAGAGGCGGCUGGCGUUGGCCUCCAAGGCUGCAGAGGGGCCUGAGUGGGAUGAUGAGCAGGCCAGCCGGAAGUGGCAGCAGCUCUCCCCAGGCAGACCCGGCUCUCCCUCGUGGCCACCUGGAAGUGGAGAGUCAAAGGGCAGCUCGGAAGAUGCCAGUGAGGAGGAGUACCUGGAUUGUGAGGAAGAGGCUUGGCUGACCUGUUUGGAAGAGGAAGAGGAGGCAGCAGAGACCGAGGCCCCAGCGCAGCCCUUUAGGGAAAGGAGGACGAGCGGGGCCGAGGUGCCGGAGCCAGGACCCCAACAAAGCCAGCCCCACCGUAACAGCAGCCGCCUUGUCCAGAGAGAUGAACUCCUGGAGAUACUCCAAAUGGUCCACACUGGCAAGAAGCUCAGAGAGGGCGAGGUCACCAUUGGGCUGGUGGGGUAUCCCAACGUGGGGAAAAGUUCGACCAUCAAUGCCCUCCUGGGAAGAAAGAAGGUAUCUGUGUCAGCUACACCGGGCCACACCAAGCAUUUCCAGACGCUGUACGUGGAGGCCGGCCUCUGCCUCUGUGACUGCCCAGGUCUCGUCCUGCCCUCCUUUGCCGCCACGAAAGCUGAGAUGGUUUGCAAUGGGAUCUUGCCUAUAGACCAGAUGCGGAAUCACAUCUCCCCCGUCUCCCUGGUUUGCCAGCGGAUCCCACGACACAUCUUGGAGGCAACCUACGGGAUCAACAUUGUCCGACCUCGCGAGGACGAGGCGCCCGACCGGCCCCCAACAUCUGAGGAGCUGCUGACGGCCUAUGGGUGUAUGCGGGGGUUCAUGACAGACCACGGACAGCCGGACCAGCCCCGUUCAGCCCGCUAUGUGCUGAAGGACUAUGUUGCUGGCAAGCUGCUCUAUUGCCACCCCCCUCCAGGAAGUGACCCCGAGGCCUUCCAGUUCUCUCACAGAAAGGGAGCUGCAAGCAAAAGCGGGCACCCCCUCUCAGAGGCACCGGCGAGCUGGAAUCCAAAGGCCAAGCAGAUUGAAAACACGGUGGACGGGGCCUUCUUCCACCAGGAGAACGUCCGAGCCCUGACCCGGGGGGUCCAGUCUUUAGGGGGCUGUCAGAUGGGCCCAGCCCCCCCGGCCUCCCACCCUGAGCCCAGCCGAGGCAAGCCCUGGAAGAAGCACGGCAACAGGAACCGGAAGGAGAAGCUCCGCCGCCUGACCAAGCACUUGGAGGCGUAGUGGGGCCCUCGAGAGGAGCCCCGAGGAGUGGCUCUGGACUGGCCUUUGCGUGGCUUUGGGGCUAUGUGGGGCUGUGUGGACAAGCGGUUUCCUGUGCGGAAAGUGUGGGCUGUGAUGGAACUUGGAGCCCUUCUGAGUGACACAACACAGAGACGGACGACACCCUUUUGGAAUAAAGUUUCCUUACCUUUCUCA